AUGUCGAAGAAAACCGCAACGAAGGAAGUAGAGGAGGUGGUGCGCGUUGGCCCCACACUUAAGGAGGGCGAGCAGGUGUUUGGUGUGGCUCAUAUUUUUGCCUCGUUUAACGACACAUUCGUGCACGUGACGGACCUUUCAGGCCGUGAAACGAUUGUGCGUGUAACGGGUGGAAUGAAAGUCAAGGCUGAUCGUGACGAAGCGUCACCAUAUGCUGCAAUGCUUGCUGCUCAGGACGUGGCCGCCAAGUGUAAGGAGGUGGGCGUCACUGCUCUGCACAUUAAGAUCCGCGCUACGGGCGGUAACCGGACCAAGACUCCGGGCCCCGGCGCGCAAUCGGCCCUUCGUGCGCUUGCUCGCAAUGGCUUGAAGAUCGGACGUAUUGAGGACGUCACUCCCAUCCCCACGGACAGCACUCGCCGAAAAGGUGGUCGUCGUGGUCGCCGUCUUUAG